AUGUUUGACUUAGAUUCAGACACAGAUCCAGAGAGUAACUCCUUCAACAAUGGGAGAAAUUGUGACUACUACACGGAAAAUCAGUUCAACGAAAAGUUUGAAUGUAUUACCAUCGAAAUUUAUAUGGGGAAAUGGAAGAACAUUAUUGUCAGCUGCGCAUACCGGGCUCCAAACAAUAGCAUAGAGAAGUUCAAGGAGGUGAUGGAGAGUAUGGCUACAAACAACGAGCAAAAGGUGACUUUCGUUCACCCUAGUGAAGCUGUCACAAUACUGAACAGGCUGAACAGAGAACAGCGUGACAGAAGUUACUUCAAGAGCCUCUACCGCUCAGGCUCACUGUCUGAAACCACCAUCUGUAACGUCUGCCUGCAGCCAACCCAACAGCCUGUGUGUAACCACACUGACCUCCGAACAGGCGAACCUUGGUUCUGCUACAAGCCAAAGAACCUGAACUGUGAUACCAGGAUCAACCACGUCAAGUUAGCAUUCAAGCAUAACCUGCUAGCCGAGGAGGAGAAGCUCUUUCAGAGUGGUGUUAACCUGAAAGUCUCCAUUCAGGCUACAGGACCUUCUAACCUUGCUGUGUUGCCAGAAGAUGGUCAGCUGAAGGUGAAGAGCAGCUCUGUGACAUCUCUACCAUCUGGUUAUUACUACCAGGGUGUGUGGCGAGCACUGGGAGGCCCCACAGUAUCUCAAUUUAACACAUCUGCCAUCACGCAGUGUCUGAAAGGCAAAGCAGUCCACAUGUAUGGAGACUCCACAGUGAGGCAGUGGUUUGAAUUUCUCAACGCAGCUCUACCAGGUCUUAAGAAAUUUGACUUACACAGCCGGAGCGACGUUGGACCUUUUAUGUCCUUGGACAAUGAAAACAACAUCUUGGUGACGUACCGCUGCCACGGUCCUCCUAUUUAUUGGCCCCCUACCCCAACCAGAGAGCUUCGUUACAUUGCUAAUGAGCUAGAUGACUUGGACGCAGGCCCUAACACUGUCGUAGUCCUUAGCAUCUGGGCUCACUUUACCACUUCCCCAAUGGAUUUCUACAUCAGGAGGCUACAGAGCAUCCGUAGGGCGGUGGUGCAGCUGCUGGACACCAAUCCAGGCACACUGGUCAUUAUCCGGACUGCAAACUCCAGAGCUUUGACCCUUCAACUUUCCCUAAUCAACAGCGACUGGCUUUCACUGCAGUUUGAUAAGGUGCUCAAAGCCAUGUUCAAAGGACAGAAAGUUCAUCUGAUCGAUGCCUGGGAAAUGACCCUGGCCCACCACCUGCCGCAUGACCUUCACCCACCACGUCCCAUUAUAGAGAAUAUGGUCAACUCUAUGUUGUCCUAUGUAUGUCCUCAAAAGCAUGGUUAG